AUGACAAGUGUACCACGCGACCCAGCGUUCUGGAAACGCUUCUCCACCGCCGUCCAUCUCGAUGAAGAAAGCGGCUAUGGUCGCCCGGAAUUAAAACACUCAGACUCGUGGCUCGCCCGCCAACGCCGCAAGGAAUCCCGUCGCAAGUGCGUCUGUCCAGUCUGCUGGCUCCUGUUCUUCGUCUUCGUCGCAGCAGUCAUCGGUGUGGUCAUCUGGUUGCUGAAGAGUGGACUGCUGAAUAAUGUCCACAUCGGGAACGAUAAUGGCACGCCCAAUGUACCCAUGGAUCCGAAUGUUAAUGCAAACUCCAAGUUGAGGAUGGUGCGGGCAGCAUUACUCGAAUUGAAUGCGGCGUGGCGGUAA